AUGGUUUCACCGACACCAAAUGAGAUAACGUAUGACAAGAGCCAAAUUGAUCCAUAUGUGAGAAGGCAAAACGCCAAGUUGACACAAGUAAUACAGAACUUUUUCACGAAGGCGGUCCAAAUCGUAUCCCAAUCGAGGCUACUCCCAGGCGGCUCAGAGCCUGUUGAUAAUACGGGAAAGAUCAAUAAAUGGUUCAAUUUACAAAUACAUAAUAGUGAUCUAGUAAAGGACGACUUGAAGCUAUGGAAACUGUGCGCUGAUUUAUCAAACAUCCCACCCAUGAUAAUAGAGACAUAUCUUGAUUUGAGACAAUUAACGCCUCGACAGAUUGCCGUUUUGAAUGAUGAUAACGGGAACCCUUGGACAGUUGCAAAGGGAGGUUCGAAAAAACAAGAGGUUGUCUUAGAAAGAUGGUUGAUUGAGUUUGAUCCAAAUGAUGUGUCUGGGUCUAUUAUUGAUGAAUUGCCUUUAAUUUAUAAGCAGGCAAUAAUCUUGUUCAGGAGUCUAUAUGGGUUCUCAAGAUUAAUGCCUGCGUUCAAAUUAAGAAAAGCUCUAAAGAAUUCGAAAUCAAGUAAGUUGGUAUUGGGUAACAAAGUCUUAGAUGGAAAGCAGCCAAUAAGCUCGAAAGGUAGGUUUGGGCUUUCUAAGUCGAUAAUACCUCAUCAAAUGCUUCUUACGGAAUCCCAUUUGAAUCAAAAGUAUUUCCAGCCCAUUCAAACUACCUUAGGUACUUUAAAAGUAUCUAUAGCUUAUAGAAGGCACUCUGAUUUUUGUGUUCAUGAAAGCGAAGAAAUCCUAUCUACUCAGUUCAUGUCUAUGGAUAUCGACAAAAACUCAGAGAGUGAAGUAAUUCAAAAGCAUUUACUGGACACAGAUGAAAGACUGUCAGACCCAAACAUCAAAGCAAACAGGAGAAUAUCUCUUUCCAGUCAAGCAUCUAUGUCCGUGUCUCCUAAUUCUAACUAUCAUAUCGCUAGGGAGAGCUCUCCACCAUCGAAAAGAACUUCUAAUACUCCGCCGGUUGUACAACGUCCCUCCAUACAACCGUUUAAGAUAGGAUCAAUGAGUAAUUCGCCUCCACCUGCGUCUAAUACACCUUAUGUUGGAUCCUCAUUAGAGAGAAGAAUCUCAAUAACAAGCAAUAAAUCAGCAUCUAAUGCAUCAUUAGCAGCGGUUUUGAGAAAUCCAAGAAGUAGCACUUCUUCAACGAACACCACAACAAACAUUCCUAUCGCAAGCAAUACAAAUAAUCAAUAUAACACUUCUAUGCCGAGGUCGAUUUCUUCUUCACAUGGGUCUAAUUUGCAACAUGAAGACAAUUUCUUUGCAAAUGCUGAAAGUACAAGUUAUACGCCUAGGUUUUCUUCUUCUUUCGGUUCCAGAGCAAGCCGUAGGUUUUCCAACACAAGUAUUAGGCAGAGUACUCCAACCGGUAAUCUAAAUGACGCUUCGAUACUAGGGACUAACUCUGCGUUAGGAUCACCUGCUGAUCCUGUUAGUGGCCUCUACAUUGAUGAUGAUAUCAGUGAUUUUGUUAAAAUGAUCGAUAGCAAAUCAGACCUUAGGUUUUCAAGCUACAAUUCUGGUAACGAAUCUAAGUUAUCGUAUAAUCAAGGCUCCAACAGUCAGUUAGAUGCCUUGAGCAAAUUUCAGCAUUUGAAAAGUCAGCAUCAACAAUUGGGGGAUAGUGUGAAUGCAAGCUUAAUACUUCAACACAAUCAAGCAAUUGGAUCGCGUCCUUCUAGUCGCAAAUCCUCCAACUCGGUAAGCUCACCCCCACCAUCCAUUCCUUCAGGCUCCUACGACAAUCACCAUUUACCUUCAAUCAACUCAAGGUUACGUGAGAGUACUCCAGGAAGUGAGGGUGGUUCCCGAAGGUCUCCUUCUUUUGAAAAUCGUUCGCUGGUACUGCCAAAGAAGCCUGGAUAUAUUUAUUCUUCCGAAGUUGGUCCUUCUACUACAAGCGUCGCCGGAAACCUCUUGAAGGGGCAUGCAAGCAACAAAUUGAUAACGGCACCAACUACAGAAGUCUCGAAGCAUGUUGAUCCUGUUCCUAGCAGUAUAAGAACUUCACAAAAAUCGCCCUCUGGUACGGAAGCUGCACAGAAUUCAAGGAGAUCUAUACACUAUGAGAAUGUUUUUGACGAUGAUGACGACGAUGGUGAGGACUACUUCUUAUCUAAGGACCCAAGCAAGGGGCGCACAAGUGUGCAGCCUAGUACAAGUAUAUCUCGAAAGAAGUUGUCCUCUGGAAACUCCGACGAUAACGAUGACGAUGACGACUUAUUAUUUACAAUGAGUGAUAUGCACAUAACAAAGCAUUAA